UCAGCUAAUCAACAGAGAAUGGUGGUCGAGAAUCAGUCCAACCCUCUUGCCGAAACGCCCAAAAUAGAUUACAAUGAUAUCAUGAAUGGAGGAGCCAGGGAGGAAAUAAUCCAAGCCAUGAAAGACUACAGCUUCUUCUACAUCGUGAACAUACCAAACUUUGAUCCCCAAGCUGAGCUGGACGUCAUGAAACAAUUUUUCAGUCAAUCCCAAGAUACCAAAGAGAAAUAUGCGUCCAUCAAGAACAAUCCCAACAAUGCAAACAUACUCAGAGGUUAUGGGUUUACAAAGAACGAGGAAGGGCAGCCCAUUGAGGAGGUGUACAACAUAGGGCAGUACGAGAAAAGAAAUGUUAAGAAAAGUGAUGUGUCCUGUAUUGCAGAAUACAUCUCCAGGGAGCCUAACGUGUGGCCGGCAGAAAAUGACUUUCCAGGUAGCCGCAACUUCAAACCAUUGCUAAGCAACGGUUUCCAACUCCGUUUGAAACUGGCUCGGAAGUUGGUUGAGGAAAUAGCAGGGGCGUUGGAAUAUUCUGAAUUUGUCGAGAAGUUCAAAGAGGCAGAGUUCUCCAGUUUUUAUCUCAAGAAAUACACCGAAAGGAAAGCCAAGGAUAACAUUAGCAUAUACAAGACAGAUAGUGGGUACAGCAUGGUCUCAGAGGAUGGACAGGACCUCUCAAUACCCUCGCAUAUUGACACCACUAUCACCCUACUCGCUACUUACUCUAAUGGAGGUCUCCAGGCACUGUACAAGGACAGCUGGUACGAGGUACCCUCAGUAAUGGGGAGUUUGCUCAUGAUGUCAGGCAGUCUGAUAGAAGAACUGUGUGAUAAGAAGAUGCCCCCUCUGCGACACCGAGUUGUUGAUAUCAAGGCAGACAGAUAUUCCACACCCUUCUUCUUCAAUCCAUCGUUUCAUGCCAACAUAUCAAAGUCUCUGUCGGGUCUGGAAACGGAUAUUGGGAAGAAGUACGAAACAUUCGGACCGUGGCAAGUGACUCAACUGCACAGAGACGAACCCCUACUGCUCCAUCAUCAAUCACUGAUCUGACCAGGACUUUUCUUGUAACGCAGUGUGCUUAUUAGUGUUAUUUUUACUAACACUAUGGACAUGUUUGAUUGAACAUUUAAAGAAGUCACAAUUCAUAAUGCAUGCUUAUCGUAAAAAAAUGCUGUAAAGAAACAUACUGCAUGAAGAAAUUAGUUCACUGAAUAAAUUCAUAUAAAUGACAGUCUUUGAUACAGUUCAAUACUAGUUUUAUAUUACAAAAUUCCCACACCUUCCAAAAAGGGUGAUGUUUGGGGGAACCUAUGCCUUAUUAUCAAUAAAUUUACCGAUACAAAAUACAUACAUAUACAAUAUACGUGAUAAUGGGCUGAUAGAUCAUAUUUUAUGGCGUUUCAUAUUUAGUUGACGGUGGUUAGGGUGAAAUGUACCGUGCUAUAACUAAACAGGUGGUUUUUUAAUUAUGAAUUUGGUCAUUUAAAAUUAAUCCCAACUGGACUUAUUAACUGCAAUGCUUACGU